AAAAAAUUUAUAUAUAAAUCAAAAAAAAAUUCUUUUUAUUUCUUUUAUAAAAAUUACAAAAUAAUUUUUUCACUUGAAAAUUUUUACGCUUGAAAAUCAUUAUGUCUUUAUCUACAGCCUAUCAAUCACUUUCAGCACUUGUCCCAGCCAGAUUUCAAAAAUUAACAGCAGAUUAUAAAACGUCGAUUGAAAAAUUACGACCACAAAGAUUACUCUCAGCUUUAGCAAUUUUACCGUAUUAUGCAUCAACUGCAAUUCCAUCAACUAUAUGUACUUUUACAAUUCUUUACGUACCAAUCAUUUGUAAAUUUGAAUAUCAAUUAUAUAAACAAUUUUAUAAAAAUGGAUUAUUGAGACCAACAUAUCAAUCAUUUACAGCAUUUUCUACAUUAGUCACUGGUUCAAUUCUAUUACCUAUAUUAGUAUUAGUGGGCGAUUUAAUAUUUAUGUUUACUGUCGUAAUCGCUUCUGUUGGUGCUGUUGUUAUGACAAUGUAUGGUGGUCUUGAAUGUGGAAUAGAAUUUUGUAAUAGAGUUGCUAUGAGCGUACCUGAAACGUAUUGGGAAAUGAUCUUUCCAUCAAAGAAUCCUGAAGAAAAAAUUAUCGAUUUGGAAUUAGAUUAUUAAUUAAUUUAUUUAUUUAAUACUACGAUGAAAAUAGAAAGCAAAUUUUUCGCAUAUUACAUUUGCAUGUAUACAUGUAUUAUAAUAUUAUUAUAAUAUUUUUAGAAUAUAUUAUAUAUUUAGAAUAUAUUAUUAUUAGGUACAUUAAUGUAAUAUUUUGUGUGGCGCAAAACUUAACCGUCUGUGUCAUAAUAACAAAUUUUUUUAAAUUUUUUUU